AUGACUUGUGGCCGGAAGCGAAAGCGUCAUGAGCGAGACGCGUCAAAUUCGGACAACGGCGUCGCGGCUUGCGACGGGCCCGUCAGGAGGGAUCUCCUACGACACACUUAUGCUACCGUAUUAACUCUGCGGGAGUAUGCCUUGCUCAAACUUCCGAACAGUUCCAGACUGCGUCGAAAAAAGAUCAGUUGCCUCGGCAAGGGUGAUUCCGUCAGUGAGCUUGAAGCAGCCGUUUCCAAAUUUCUGGAUUCGACAAUUAUCUGCGACUCCACUGCCAUUUUGCAGACCGACAAUGCCUCUUACGCACAGUGGUUGUCAUUUUCGCAAAAGGGAGACGAGUCGCAUGUAACUAUAUCGGGGAACGUUCCUGAAUGUGAGAACACGCUAUCAGAGCUUGUGGACUUUGUCAUAUGGUCCCUGUUUAAUAGGGAGAAGACGCCAGGCGCAUGGCCGAAAAACCUCCUCUGUGAUGGAUUCCGCAAACGAACUAAAGAGGGUGAUCCUCAUGGCACUUCCAUCGCAGAUAUCUAUAGCCUCUAUCCGAAUCAUCACGCUGCGGCCUUGAGACGAAAGCCCUGGCCGCAGGUGCUGGCACUGUUGGGUCGUUCGGGACAGAGAGUCAUGGUUGAUCUUCUCAUUCAACGUUCUAUUUUUGUCGCAAUCGACGAAGGAAUUGGCAACUACUACCAGAUAAGCGGCAUCCCCUUCUCCGAGUUAGAAUUUAGCGGUAACCGCAGCAGUCCAAACGAACCUCGCAAACUGUCAGACAUCUCACUGGUGAGGAGUCGCAUAUUCUACUCCAAGCCACCUCUCGCAGCGCGCGGCCGGGUUCAGCAUGGUUUCAAGCCCAUUCAUGUUCUCAAUCGGUGUUGCGCCGGAAAAGAUGACGGGACGAGUCACCAUGCCGAGAAAAUUGACGCAAACACGACCAAGCUCACUAUGUAUAUAUUUCCAAGACAGUUUGGGUUACACAAUGUCUUCACUUCCAACGUGAACGUCUUGGAGACGGCGCAAAAGUUUCAAGACUACACCUUGCGGGAGAAGGAGAUCAAAGAGUUUACCGAAGAUCCUAAACAUUGCUCAAAGGAUGGGACACCAAAGCUGCCCAAGCGUCUACGGGGGGAAGCCUGGCGCCUCGUUCAGAGACUUCAGAUACUCCAUAGCCGCUGUUCAUACGGAGAACUUCUAAGACACUACUGUCCUUCUCAGAUUCUGGGACCACGAGCUCAUGAAUCCUCUUUCCCGCUGGACGAAAGAUCUCAGGUGACGGACCUUGACAGAGGGCAACGCAGAAUAGGGCCGACGGCCCCUGUUGCGACCAAUGGCCGUCAGCAGACAAUGCCUGCGCCCAAAUCUAACUCAUUGGUUGACUUAGCGACUUCACCUUCUCAAGUAUCUGCAUUUUGCCAAGCAGCUCUGACACAUGUCGUGCCCAACGACUUCUGGGGCAAAGGCGAGACCCUUUCUCACAACAAGGCUAUGUUCCUUCGCAACGUCGACCACUUCGUUAGACUUCGGCGAUUCGAGACCAUGACGUUGCACGAAAUAUACCAAGGGAUGAAGACGGCUCACAUCCCAUGGCUCCAACCUCCAGGUGAGGGGCCCCAAAAAGCCAGCCUGACUGACAUGAACAAACGUUGCGAACUCUUCUACGAGUUUUUGUAUUAUGUAUUCGAUUCAUUACUGAUACCCCUCAUCCAAACAAACUACUACGUCACAGAGUCCAACACCCACCGCUACCAAGUGUUUUAUUUCCACCACGAUGUUUGGCGCCGUAUCGCAGAACCAACUUUGUCGUUUAUGAAGUCGGACAUGUUCGAGGAAAUGACAGUCACAACCGCCUAUGAGAUUCUUGAUUCCAGGCGCCUGGGAUUCAGUCAUAUACGGCUGCUUCCCAAAGGACAUAAACUGCGACCAAUUAUGAAUCUGCGCAGAAGACAACCCUCCAGAACAGGGGCCAAGAUUCUGAAGUCCAGCAUCAACUCCAUUCUUGGUCCAGUUUACACGGCUUUGAAGUUUGAAAAGAUGACAAACCCGCAACGCCUAGCAUCGACGCUGUUCUCCGUCAGCGACAUGUACGCUAAACUCAAGAUGUUUAAACGUCGUCUCCCCAGCGGAUCGAGCCAAUUAUUUUUCGCCAAGGUCGACGUCCAGUCCGCCUUCGACACCAUCCCCCAAGACGCCAUCAUACAACUCAUGAAAUCCAUACCAAGUCAGCAAAAAUACACCAUCACCAAACACGCAGAAGUGCAACCCGGCGAGCGGGCCAUGAUUGGACCAGAAAAGACUGCCACAAAAGCAAUUCGGCGAUGGCAUGCAUCCGUCCUUACUCGGGACAAACAACCGUUCGUGGACCGGCUCCGGCAUGGCCUAGCCAACCUGGAGAGAAAGCACUUGGGGUUCCUUCUGGAGCCGGAUUGCUUAUUGAUGAGGCUCAUUGACGACUUUUUGCUCAUCACGCUCGAUAAGAACAAGGCUGUGCGGUUUGUCGAGACGAUGCACCACGGAGUUCCCGAGUAUGGGGUGGAAGUUAGUCCCGGAAAGACGCUGGUCAAUUUCGACAUGCGGAUUGAUGGCAAACCCGUCUGCAAAGCUGCUACAACGGAAUUUCCGUACUGCGGAACACGGAUUAACGAUAGGUCGUUGGACAUCACCAGGGACGGAGAGGCGGGAGCUGCCAGCUGUAAGCCAUUUUAG